AAAACAUAAAGGUCACACUACUCCCCCAAUUGACGAAUUCGAAAAGAUCUCUUGAGACGGAAAUCUUCACAUGUUUCUUGGAGGAAGAAGAUGAAUCCGCCCUCAACCCUCUGUUAAUUCAAUGGCCUCUUCAUCCCAACGACGCUGCGUCUUCGUUGGGAACAUCCCUUACGACGUUACCGAGGAACAACUCAGAGACAUCUGUGGAGAGGUUGGACCCGUUGUCUCCUUUAGAUUAGUUACAGAUAGAGAAACUGGUAAACCUAAAGGCUACGGCUUUUGUGAGUAUAAGGACGAAGAGACAGCGUUGAGUGCUCGUCGUAAUCUUCAGAGUUAUGAAAUCAAUGGCCGUCAAUUAAGAGUUGAUUUCGCUGAGAAUGACAAAGGAACCGACAAAACACGAGAUCAGGGUCAAGGAGGUCCUGCUUUGCCUACUGCUACUGAAUCUCAGAAGCAGGUUGGAGGGCCUGUAGAUACGAAUCUUCAUCAGCCGGUUGGUAUCAACAUUGCUAUGUCAGCUGCGUCUGUUAUGGCCGGUGCGCUUGGUGGUCCACAGGUUGGUUCACAAAGUACACUGCAGGUUCCAGCUAGUGAUCCCCUGACUCUUCAUCUUGCCAAGAUGUCUAGAAGUCAGCUCUCUGAAAUUAUAUCGUCCGUUAAGUUAAUGGCUACGCAGAGCAAGGAACAAGCUCGACAGUUGUUGGUUUCUAGACCUCAUUUGCUAAAAGCUGUUUUCCUGGCACAGAUAAUGCUUGGGAUUGUGAGUCCACAAGUCUUGCAAACGCCAAAUAUUAUUCAGGCCCCAAAUCAUAUGACAGGGUCUUCAAUUCAAGAUACACAACUAUCUAGCCAAAACCUUUUACCGCCUCUGGCACAAAGGUCACAGCAGCUAAGUCGACCUCCCCAUAGUCAAGUUCCCGUUCAACAGUCUUCUAAACAACAUUUUAGUCAGAUUCCACAACCAGGUCCGUCUUCUGUUCCAUCUAGAUCCCAAGUUCAAGGUCUCAGCGAAACCGCUCCAUUCCAACGCCAAAAACAAAUGGUUUCGGCUUCCAGCAGCAUGGGAUAUAGUAUUCAGACUUCAGUUCCAAAUAGUGCUAUCCAACCAUCUCAAGUACCUAGGCCAGCAUUACCAAACUCUAUGAUGCAGCAAGGUGGGAAAAUGGUAUCACUAAAUCAUGGUCAAAGAAUAAACGAGGGACCUUAUGAAUCAAUAAACAGACCAUCGAAGAUGAUGAGAGUGGAUGAUAGGAGAACUGCUCCCUCCAAUGGAGGUCAUGCGUCUAACUCAAUGCUUCCAAAUCCAGUACAGCGACAAGAGAUAGCCCAUCAGACACAUAUCUCCCCGGAUGUUCAGUCAACGUUGCUCCAGCAAGUAAUGAACCUGACACCGGAACAGCUGAGGCUGCUGACUCCAGAGCAACAGCAAGAAGUCAUAAAGCUGCAACAAGCGCUCAAGCAAGACCACAUGAGGCAGCCUUCAUAACGUUGAGGGUGAGCAACAGGUUUGGUCACUUUCAUUUGAUUGGAGCUUGCAAAGAUGAAAAGCAGAUCACAAAUAUUACACAAAAUUACCAUAGAAAGAAGAAGGGCUCUCUCAACCGAAUUGGGUGAGUGAUUGUAUUAUUAGUGUAGUAUUUAUUUGUGCUGAGUUUAGCUUAUAGAAGAACUAUCCAGCCAUCAAAAUAUAUAAAAGAAAAGAGAAAGUUACAUGUUAAAAGUCUCAGAACAACUGUGUCCUCAGUCUCUCUACUUUUUGUUUCAAUUAAGCUAUAUUUCCUUCGGUUUAUACCUUUCAUAUCAUGUAGCCACUGGUUAGUACUUCAGUGAAUAAACAUUUUAUUUCUCCAAAGCUUACCAAUAAGGGGAAUACAAAAGCAGGAAGUUG